UGGCCGGUUUGCUUGAGACGAGGCGCUAUUGUCUCGCUUCUCGGAGGGAGGCUCGAGCCGCUGCUGUUUGGUGCCUUGGCCGCCGCUGCCAGCACCAGCGCCGCCGGGGUGGUUUUUUAUCCCUCUCGUGUGUGUCUUUCUCUCUCUCUCUUCCUCUCUUUCGUCUCUGUGUGUGUGUGCGCUUUUUUUCCCUCCACCCCCCUCUCAUUUUUUUCUCUCUCUCUGAGAGUGUUGAGUCGAGUGACUGCAUGGAGCCGCUUACACCACCGCAGCCUGUGUAACAGCGUCAAAAAGCAGCAGCAACACACACAUACACACAUAAACCACAACAGUACCACACAAUAGAGAACAAGAUGUAAGUUUUCCUUUCGUAUUUAUUUCUUAUUCUUCAUCUGGCGAUCGAAAGAGUCCUGAACCGGGUCGUUACUCCUUUUUUUCCCCUCUUUUUUCCAUUCCUUCUUAAAACUUUCGUACUCGCUCCACCAUCAAUGACUGAGCGGCAGUGGAAUGGCUCUCUCCUUUAGAUACUGAGGGAAGUUUGAGGGGGGUUAUUCUUUUCCAUUUGUUUUCACACACACACGCACCCUACACAUAACACAACACAAUAACAAUGAAAAAGAUGGCAAAUCCGACGGGGAAAUUGCAACCUUUAGAGCCGCGGAGAAAAAGACUGGCGUUCUUGGAGGAGCUGCGGCAAUUUCACCAGAACAGAGGGACGCCUUUUAAAAAGAUCCCAAUAGUAGGUGGCAAGGAGCUGGAUCUUCACGCUCUCUAUACCAGAGUCACCAGUCUAGGUGGAUUCGCCAAGGUAACCGAUAAGAACAAAUGGUCACUGAUAACAGAGGAGUUGAACUUUCCUAAAGGUUGUCCAAAUGCAGCAUUUGCCUUAAAGCAAUAUUACUUACGUUACCUUGAAGCUUAUGAAAAGGUACAUCACUUUGGAGAAGAUGAUGACGAGCUUAGUUCAGGUGGUCAACGAGGAACGGUUCCUGUUGGUGGGGUACCUUCAUCAUACAGUUACCAGCAGCAUAUAUUGUCAGAUUAUAUUCGGCAAAGCUAUGGACUUAAUACAGAGUUUGUCACAGUUAGUAUCUACAAUAAACUGGUGCUUUCCCUUAUGUCUGGACUACCUAAUGAAGUAGAUUUUGCAAUUAAUGUUUGCACUCUUCUCUCAAAUGAGAGUAAGCACAUAAUGCAAAUUGAAAAGGACCCCAGAAUCACCACCAUACUACUUGCACAUGCUGGCGUUUUUGAUGACACUUUGGGAACCUUGUCUUCUGUGUUUGGAACAGAGUGGAAAGAAAAAACAGGCAGAGAUUUUUUUCAGUUUUGGAAAGACAAUAUUGAAGAUAAUGAAAUACGAGAGCUCAUUAUUUUUAGGAACAAUGGAUCACAAGGUGCAGAUAUAGAAAUGGACGUGGGGAAGUCUUUAUUUCACCCUUCUCAUAAACUUGGCAUUAAUGAUGUUGAGGGACAACGGGUGCUUCAGAUAGCAAUAAUCCUUCGCAAUUUGUCAUUUGAAGAAAGAAAUGUGAAGUUAUUGGCAGCUCACCGUACAUGCAUCCGCUUUCUUUUGUUGUGUUCCCAUUGUCAGUAUGCUUCUCUCAAGCAACUUGGGCUAGACACAUUGGGUAACGUUGCAGCUGAGCUUCAGUUGGAUCCUGUUGAUUUUAAAAGUACACAUCUAAUUUUUCAUACAGUAACAAAGUGUCUUUUUUCCUGUGACAAGUGUUUGAAGAUAAGAGGUAUGGAAAUACUAGGAAACCUGUGUAGAGCUGAAGAUAAUGCAGACUUGAUAUGUGAAUAUGUGGAUCAGGAGUCAUACAGGGAGAUCAUAUGCCACCUAACUUUACCUGAUAUGCUGCUGGUAAUCUCUGCAUUAGAGGUGCUAUACAUGCUUACUGAACUAGGAGAAGUACCCUGUGCAAAGAUAGUUAGUGUGGAAAAAAGUGUGGAUAUGUUGGUAUGUCUUGUGUCAGUGGACAUCCAGUCAUUUGGGUCUGAUACAUCUACUACCUUCAAACUAAUAGAAUAUCAGAGUUCCAACCACCAAGUAAUUUCUGAGGUCAGACCACAAGCAAUGGAGCACUUACAACAAGCGCCAAUCCAGACUACACCAGCUUCAGCACCAAGAGUUGGCCCUGUAGCAGUAACCCCGCCAGGAAUGGAAGUUGACAGUGAAAAAUUUUGUUGCCAGUGGUUAAGCACACACCUUGAGAGCUGUUUAGAAGGCUCUGUCUCACGAACAGACCUAUACUCAGAGUACCUUUCUGUAUGCAGCAAAUUGGCUCGGGGUGGAAUUCUGACAUCAGCAGGAUUUAACAAAUGCCUCAGGUCCCUGUUUCCAACACACACAAUAAAACGAAUAGAAGAAAAUAACGGGCAAGCGCAAAUACACAUAGUGGGGGUCCAGAGAAGGGCUACACUGCUUCCCAUGCAGCCACACUACCAGCAAUCACCAGCUGUUCACCUGAUCACACCAGAGCUAACACAAAGCCCACCUCCUUCAGCAGAAACAGUGGUCAGCCACUUCCAACGGAACCCUGUAGCUAACCUUCCUACUGCGCAACCAGGAUCUCAAAUGAUCUACACAUUUCAACAAAGUGUCCCAGCUCCAAACAUUACAAACAAAAUACAAGACCAAACUGGUCUGGCACAACCGCACCAAAAUGCUACUGUGACUGUUGUCCAAAGCAGAACUCCGGUUACGAGUGAAGCAGCAAGAUGUUCAUUUGUGCAGUCUUCAACCGUCAAUACUCAAAUCCCAGCUUCUGUACCAUAUUCAUUGAUGGGAAGCAACAUUCCCCAGGGAACAUUGAUCCAAAACCAUGCCACGACAACAUUAACAACGACACAGCCUGGGACAACUUCUCAACAAUUGCUUCAGCACCCACAGCUGCUUCAGCAGCAGCUGCCUGGUCACCAGCUCUCUAUACCAAUUGUAUCUUCUAAUCAGGUGAAUACUUCUGCCACAACAACUGUUACUGUGAUACAGCAGGCUGUUUCUCACAGCCAUUCAGCAAAUUUAUCAGCCAACACAGUCCUUGUUUCACAAGGACAAUUGUUAUCGGGUACAGUAACCCACCCUGUACAGACGUCCUGUCACCAGCCAAAAACACACAACCAGCAAGACAAUGUUCUGUUGGCAUCUCAACACUAUUCAACCACCCCUAGUCCUGCUGUUGUCUCUGGUGCUGCAGUACAAAAUUUUCAAGUGUCAACAGGUCAAGUGGUUGCAAUUACUGGUGUUCAAAGCUCUCCAGUCCCUAGGAUGAGUUUCCAGACGAUAGCACCAAAGCCAACGGGAGUGGUUCCACAACACGUUCAGUCUACUCUGAUGCAACAGCAACCCCAGCAAAGUGUACAUAUGAUUGUUAGUCAGCCAGCUUCCCAGGGACAGAACUUUGCUCCUGCGAUCCAUCAGAUAUUGUUGACAAACCCAGCUUCUGUUCAAGCUGGCCAAGCUAUUCAAUUGGCUGGGAAUGCAAGUGUGACCCCUUCAUCUUCGCCAUCUCCCCUACCUGCCAACAACAAUCAGGUACAAAUGGGGUUGGUUACUCAGCCUUCAGCCCCUCAGAUGCAGGGGCCUCAAACUGUGAGCAAGAUGCUGUCUGUGAAACGGCAGCAGCAACAGCUGCAGCAGCAACAACAUCCCCAAAAGCAAUUCCAGGUGCAGCUUCAGUCUCAGCAAACAGGUACAGCUUCUAAUCAGCCACCCUCUGGCGAGUCUAGUUUAAUAAAACAGUUACUUCUUCCAAAAAGGGGUCCCCCUACUCCAGGAGGUAAACUUAUAUUACCUGCUCCUCAAAUGCCUCCCCCUUCUCCUGCUAGAGCUCCUGGACCUCAAGUAGUCUACCAAAUGACUCACGGUCAGGCAACGAAUAUUGGAGUUCAAGCCCCAGCUCAGCAAUUAGUAGUUGGACAGCAAAAUGUGCAGCUUGUUCAAAGCCCCAUCCACUCACAAGGGGCAAUGCAAACAGUGGCAAUUCCUCAUAUGCAGAUCUUACCGGGUCAGUUGAUCUCUGCUAGUAACACUGCUACUCUUCUCCAAGGGUCAACAGGCAACCAGGUGACCAUAACGGUUGUGCCAAAUACCACCUUUGCUACUCCUGCUGGAAGUCAUUGCAGUGGAACGCAGAUCAUAGCCCCUGCAGGGAUUUCCAUUGGUGGGUCGCAAGCAGGUGUUGGCCUCCAAGUGCCAACACCUCCACCUAGCGUGGCGCCAUUGAGUGGACAGGGGAAAAGUUCAGAAUCUGAAACCGUGUUUGCAGGUGAUAAAAUUAUUUGUCAAAAGGAGGAAGAAGCAAAAGAUACUACAGACUUGCAUCUGCAUGAACGUAAAAUAGAAAUCAUGGAGAACCCCUCUUGUGCAGAGGGGGCUGCUGGUACAACCAAUGGUGGCUUAAAGGAAAGUGAUAUGCAGGGGGCUAAACUUGUAAAUGGAAAAGAACAUGUUAGUUCACGUCUACCUCCAUCUAACUCAGGGAUUGCUCAGUCUCAGCCCAUGCCGUGUACGUUGGCUUCAAAUGGACCUUUGACAGGAGUAAGUCAAAAUGUAUCAAAUGGGAAGGUGAAUAUAGAUUGUGCAGAGGUGCAGGAAAUUAAAAAAGAUCCUUUGAAGCUCCCCAUGGUAAAUGGGAUCUGUGACUUUGAAAAAGGGGAUGGUUCGCACUUAAGCAAAAACAUUCCAAAUCAUAGAGCUUCCAAACACAUGGAAAAUGGUGAUAUUAUUGCACAGGAGCAAUUGGACAGUAAUCAGCAAAAUUCUGCCAAAAGUGUUCAACCAACCAAAAUGCAUAAUGGACCUGUUUCUGUAGGAAAUUCUAGUGCUAGCUGUGCAGUGAUUUCAAACUCUGUCGACCAGCGGAUCAGUGGUACAAACUCAGGAUUAUCCAAUGGACCUAUGACAGCUGCCAUGAAUUCAGUGGUGCCUCAGCUUCCGCAAUGUCCAAGUUCAGCGGUGUCUUCAGUGUCUAACUCGCCAGCUUCACUCCAAACUGGGCCUGUAGCUAUACAUUCAGUACAACUUUAUCAGACUCCAACAACUAAUGGUUCACCUGAAUGUCACCCUUUAAAAAGGCCAGCUGAAUGCAAAGAUAAUUUAUCAGGAAUUCCAAAUAAAGUAGGAGUAAGGAUUGUUACCAUCAGUGACCCGAACAAUGCUGGCUGUAGUUCAACCAUGGUGGCUGUACCAGUAGGAGCUGAUUCUAAUAGUAUAGCAAAAGUAGCAAUGGACAGUGUAACACAACAAAAUCAGCAUCCACCUAUUCUUGCACCGGGGAUAGUUAAUCAGUCUUCUCCUUCAGCAGUAACAUCAUCAACACCACCAGCAACAGUCCAGCAAAACAGUUCCCAGUGCCUCCAGACUCAAAUACCAUCGCUGCAGAAAAAUGGAGAGCUAACACGAAAGCCAGGACAGAAUUUCAUGUGCUUGUGGCAAGCAUGCAGGAGAUGGUUUGAUUCUCCAUCCCAGGUAUACUACCAUGCAGCAACUGAGCAUGGAGGCAAAGAUGUGUAUCCUGGGGCAUGUAUGUGGGAAGCCUGUGAACAAUUCCCACGGCAAAGAUUUUCCUUCAUUACUCACUUGCAGGAUAAACAUUGCACAAAAGAAGCACUCCUCACAGGACUGAAGAAGCUUGAAGAGCAAUCACACAAUGGAAGCAAUCAGUCUUCUAACAAGCAGACACCUGCUGGGGCUGCUUCCACUCCUAAAGCACAGAAGACUAUUGUGAAUCAUCCCAGUGCUGCCUUAGUGGCAUUGAGAAGAGGAUCAAGGAACCUUGCAUUUAGGGACUAUAUGGAUGAAAAAGAAAGCCCACUUACAAAACACAUACGGCUAACAGCUGCCUUAAUCUUAAAGAAUGUUGCUAAGUAUUCAGAAUAUGGUCGCAGACUACUAAAAAGGCAUGAGAACCAAUUGUCUGUACUGGCACUUAGUAACAUGGAAGCUUCCAGCACUCUUGCCAAAUGCCUUUUUGAACUUGUCCAUCUAGAACAAUUACAACAAUCAGAAAAUAAAGUCUGAAAGGGUGAAUUGAAUUCUGAAGUAUCGUUUACAGGGUUUUGAAGUAAGCAAGAAGUCUUAAUGAGAAAUGACCAUUGUGGACAGUUUUUAAAAGAAAAACUUUUAUCCGUAAUGCACAGAAGCUUAAUAUUUUGAUCACAAGUGGAGUCAAGUGUUGACAAGCUUUUAAAAGGAGUACCAACUGUGUGAUCAGAAUCCAGUAGCAUUUUUAAAGUUGGAUACAAUAAAUUCUGAGGAUCAACACAGAAUAAUAGCAUUAAAUAUUUUUACCCUGCACCCCAUGAGCACAUUUUUAUAUUUCAGAAUUAGUGACUAAGCUGGGUUUAAUAGAACAGAAAUUGACACACUGGAUGUAAUCCCUGCCAUCUGAGAGGUUGCAGUUAUUUCUAGUGAUGUGCUUUCUUGUUUAGAAAUCGGUAGCUUGUUUUUUCAUACUUGAGCCAAUAUAUUUUCACUUAUUUAUUAUCAUAUGAUCAAUUGUAAAUAUUUGUGAAUAAAAUUAACCAACUUUCAUGCCACUGCAAUCACUGGAAACACAACGUGGUGUCAUAAUAGCAUUAUUGUUAGGAUAUAGGACUUUGUGUUUCCUGCCAUUUGUAAGUAAUUGUGAUAUAUUGUCUGCAGUGGAUGAAUGUUCUUUAAUUCUUUGUAAAUAAUUCUGUAAUGGUACCAAUGCUGUAAAGUCAAGAGCAGUUUUGUGGAACUGAUUUUUUUGUAUUAUACACCUUGUAGAACUCAUUUGCUGGUUGAAAGAGUAUGGAAUAAUAUAUCUCAUGUCAUUUUGUAGAAAAAAAACUAUUGAAGGUAUUUUUGGUUUACCCUAACUUGGACCCACUGAAGAUAUCACUUUGUACAAGCUCGGUGCUUGUACAGGAUUUUUUCUAUUUGUAAAUUGGUUUAAAUACGAGGAAUUUUAUACACUUUUUUCUCCAUGUAUUAUAUUUACCUUGGGUGCUGGGAUGUUAUUUUUUCCACUAUUCAAUGAUUUCCCCCUCCCCCCCAUUCCAAUUAUAGUGCAGUAUUUUAGUGCUUGUUCUCCCAUCUUCAAUAUUGUACCACAUCACAUUCCUCUUCAGAACCUGCUCAUGGUUAUGUCCUGAAUGGUGUGUUAUGUGAUUUUCAUAACUGCCUCUUUGCCUGGUGUAUUAGCAUCCAGAGGAGGGAACACUCUCCCAUUUCCUUCUGUGUCUGUAGAAUGUGCAGUAAAGACAUACAACAGUUUUACAUUAGAUAACUUUAAUUACUUUGACUGUUUAUAGUUUUAAAUAAAAGACUGGACACUUUCAUUUGUUUUCACUUAUUUAUUUCAAGUAAUCUAUAGGAAGUGUGACACCAUUAAUGACUGAUAAUAUAGUGACUGUUUAUUUUAAUUAGCACUGGAAGCUGUGUAAAGUUAACUAUUGAAACAGAUAAGAAAACAAUAUUAAUUGAAGGAAAAUAUGUGACAGACUGUCUUAAAGUUUUAACUGCUGGAAAAAGUGGAAUAAUGGUUCCGAUGAAAGAUGAUCCUUUGCUCUUGUUAAUUCUAUUUUAGGAUAUUUUAUUGACAAGUAGCAUAUAACUUGGUAUCAGCCCUACCUGGCACCUAAUUAAAAUCACUAAAAAUCUGUUAUCAACUAAUACAUAGACCAAGUGUUCAGUCUAGAAGUCAGGACCUCCACAUAUCCACUCUUCUUACCAAAGGGAAAACUGCUGCCUUUGAUUAGGCAGGUACUAUCUAUAGUUCUGGUGAUUUGAAAUAAGCACUGAAAUGGGUAAGGAGUUAGUUCACAGGAUAAUACUAAAAAUGCAAGGGAAGGCACCAACAAAGUACAUUCUUUCUGUUGACAACACAUUCUUGGCAAUCUCUUUAACUAAAUAAGUUGCUUCUGCGUACUUUACUAGAUGUAUUAAUGAUCUUCCUGCAGUUUUGAAUUUCUCAUAGUUUGUCCUUGGUGCAGGUUUGAGCUUUAUUUUGGCACAAAGUUCUAAGACAAUGUCACACCUACCUCAGUGUGGGUCUGCAACUUGUUGCAUUCUAGUUUGGAGCUCGGGAAUCUAAAUUUAAUAGUUAAAUAAAGCAGGAUUCAGUUAUUCCUAAUUAGUAAUAAGUGAGAUAUGCCAAUAUAUGGCAUCCAUAUUUUACAUGUGUAUUUGCUUCACUCACCAAGAUGGUACGUUUUUUUUUCUCAUUCUCUCCUUGGUGACCAUCAUCUUGAUGGCUUUUUACUACACAUUCAAUCAAAAUUUCAUAUGUAGAUUUCAAUUAGAUCACCUUGAGCUUUAGUCAACAGAAUGAAUAUACAUUGUCUUUUCUCAAUGUAAACCCUUGCAUUUUUAGUAUCAUCCUUUUGAACCAAGUCCUUACCCAGUCCACUGCUUGUUCCAAAUGAGCAGAUCUAGACAUACAAGUUACCUAAUCAGCUUUGUUGUAAGUUUAGCAAAACUUUUACUACUAUUCAAUUCUAUAAUCUUGAAAUUUUAAGAAAAAGCAAACAAGCACGAGAGUUUAAAGCCUUGUUAAUCUGGAUCAACUUUUAUCAUUUGUAUUCUGAAAUAAUUUUGUUACCAUUUUAGACUUGUUCCUUUUUUUAAGUAUUCUUCCUAAAUAUUUUACC